CCCCCAUCCCGGAAAAAUCGGUACGCUAGAGAAUGUUGUACUGUUACUUGACAGAUGCCGUGGAGACUGUCCCGCAGUCCGCGCCAUAUUGCUCAAAUUCUGGUGCGGGUCUGGAAAUACCCCGGUCGGCCAGAGCAAAAUGAAUCCCAACUGAUAGGCCUGCCCAUUCAACCCGGUCUUUGACGCGAUCCUGCCUCGCUGCGAGUGAAGAAUCCAGGUGUUUAUAAGAAGAGCACCGGGCUUGCCAUCUUUGCUUUGCUCUAAGAUCAACCAUUUUUCUUCUGCCCCAUCCUUCCGUCCCUCUUUGCUAUAAUUAUAGAGCUCAUGGGAGAACGGUUGCAGGCAACCUUGAUUUGAUCUGGAUAUCGCACUUCCUCUAUCCCAGGUUUCCUUGUCCAUGCUCUUCCUCAUUUCUCCUUCCCCCACAAUCUCUACCUCUUCAUUGAUCCACGGCCGGUUCUUCGAUCCGAGGUGACCGCGUCCAAAAGAAGAUGCAAAGUUCCCAACAUUUCGACUCCCAACCUGUCGACCAGGUCUAUGGACUCUCUAAUUCUGAAAAGGCCGACGGGGAUAUGUUAGCAAGCAUGGAAAAGGCAACCCAAUCCACACACGAGAGCAUGGGGUCCCCUUCCAUUUCCAAGGCACAUCAAGACUAUCUGAUGGAGCGUCAUGGCACGUUGGAACUUGAUCCACUUCCUAGCAUGGAUCCCGCAGACCCCUACAAUUGGCCUGCGUGGAAGAAACUCAUCAAUUUGCUCUUGGUGGCAUUCCACGCCCUCAUGGGCACGUUCGCGGCAGCUGGUAUCAUCCCAGCAUAUAAAAUCAUCUCUGAAGAGUAUGGAAUCACGAUUCAAAAGGCCAGCUACCUUACCUCUCUCCAGAUUGCCAUUUUGGGAGGGGCGCCAUUGUUCUGGAAACCUCUGUCGAACCGAUAUGGACGCCGCCCCAUUUUUCUUAUUUCUUUGGUUUGCAGUAUGGUGUGUAACAUCGGAUGUGCAAAAUGCACCGACUAUGCCUCUACGGCAGCCUGUCGAGCACUCCAGGCUUUUUUCAUCUCCCCUGCUUCAGCCAUCGGUAGUGCUGUGGUGACGGAGACAUAUUUUAAAAAAGAACGCGCUCGGUAUAUGGGCGUGUGGACGCUACUGGUAACCAUCGGUAUUCCCAGCGGCCCAUUCAUUUUUGGGUUUGUUACGGAACGAGCGGGUUACGUGUGGAUAUACUGGGUCCUGGCUAUGAUCAACGGCGGCCAGUUCAUCGUGUAUCUCUUUUUCGGCCCGGAGACUCUGUAUGUCGACAGCACCCAAAACACCAACGAGCCCAGCUGGAAGCGAGAGUAUCUGUAUCUCCGGAGGAUCGAUCCCACCCCAUUCUCGUGGUACGAGUUCGUGAAGCCCCUGACUCUCGUGAUGCAUCCUUGCGUGAUUAUACCGGCCGCGGCGUACUCCAUGGUCUUCUGUCUCAGCAACGUGCUGGCGACCGUUGAAGUGCCCGAACUGCUGCAGCACAAAUUUGAGCUAGACUCGGAGCAGCUAGGCCUACAGUUCCUAGGUCCUAUCAUCGGCUCAUUGCUUGGGGAGCAGGUCGGUGGCACGAUGUCCGACCUAUGGAUGAAUAUGAACGAGAGGAAAACCCAGCGCAAACCCGAGCCCGAAUUCCGGCUAUGGCUCAGUUACCUUGGUUAUACGCUGUCUAUCGUUGGUCUGAUCGUCUUCCUUGUCUGCACUGAGCAGGCUCAACCGGGCCAUUGGGUCGUUUCGCCCAUUAUUGGCAUUGCACUCGGUUCUGCAGGCAACCAGAUCGUCACUACUGUUCUCAUCACCUACGCAGUCGACUGCUAUCCCACGGAGUCCGCCAGUGUCGGUGUGUUCAUCACCUUUGUCCGACAAAUUUGGGGCUUCCUCGGUCCAUUCUGGUUUCCGCCCAUGUUCGAAACAGUGGGCAUCGCUGCGAGUUCUGGGGUCGGUGUUGCACUGAUGGUCGGUGUCAGCGUAAUUCCCACUUUCUUCCUGCAGUGGCUGGGUCGGUCCUGGCGCUCGUCUGGGGAUAAAUAAACAUAGUUGAUUGGUGUCAAUCGUUUGUUUUGCACAAAGCACGACGGGA